AUGCUCUACGCUUUUGCUCGCCGAUUUGUGUAUUUCGUUCUCAUCGCCGUACUGUUUGCUGGCGCGGAAAUUCUGCUGUGGCACGGAUCGCCCAAACCACACAUACGUGCUCAUGUCGAUGGGAACGCCAUCGCGGGCUCGAUUCAGCAGACGAUCCUACUUUCGGUGUACACCAAUACCAGCAAACGCGCCGCCUGCUCAUUGAGGCCACUCGACCGCCUGAACAAAGAAUGCAGCCUUCAUCCUCCUCCGCUGUCCAAACGGUCAUUUAUGGCUUACUAUCGACUGGUCACCGACGUUCAAGAGGAGUUGUUGAAUGGUCUCGCUACCCAGGUGAGGAGCAGGUAUAAGCUCGCGCUAGCGAUCUUUACCGCAACGAAGCAGAUUACCCACUCAAGGGUUGGCUUUAUCAACGCCGAUGGCCACUCGAAUGGAACCCAAUCGUUGUCUGCUCAAGUGGCUGCAGUUGUUGAGAGUGCAGACACAGCGAUCAUGAAGUUGGUCGGACUCACAGUUGACAUCGAGGCGUUAUUUCGUGGGACUAUCGGACUACGAUCCUUGCACAUCCGCUUGUUGACAUCAAUCCGCGAUCAUGUCGACUCCUCCCCUUCCCGGGUUCCGUACUUCUUUGUCUUCGACCUCGACGUGGAUAGAGUGCAUGCCAAUGUCUUCUGGUCUACCUACGACGCCCUCACCCGGCCAGGAGACCAACUCCUGCACGACGGAGAGCUCGUCUUAUCUUCCCUAGGCAGCCUCGCCAUGGAACUCGAGCGGCUGAUGAACUCGACCAUGGACCACUGUGGUGAUGUAGCCCCGCCCCCCUUCCCCUCGCUUCCAUCACCUGUGGCAUCUCGCCAGCGUGCCAACUGCCAACACAUGGCGCAAACCAUCAAACUUGCCAUGGUGGAGAUUGAGCGCGGUGUAGAGGACGUCUUAGGGCUCUUGCUGUUCGUGCAUGAGGUGGAGAACCUGUACGAGAUGGUGAGCGCCGUAGAUGCUCGUCUACGGGCUGGUGAUGCCUUCGAACGCUCGUUCCGGGAUCUACUAGAGGAUCUCGUCGCCGGUACACCCGCACUUCAUGUCACGAACGAUAACUUGCGCCGACUGCAUGCCCAGUACGCUUUCCUCACCGCUCGUCCUCUGUUCUUUUAA